AUGGCUAGUAAGGCUGACUGUAGUAAUAAUGUCACCGCCCCUUCUGCGGCCCCUCCCGCAGCCCCUCCCGCAGCCACCUCAGGCUGCACCGAAGCCGCCAUCUCUCUCGUCCCUUCGGAUGCCACCUUCAUCGUCCGCCGCUUUCAUUCCGAGCAAGACCAACAUCCGCCUGUUGGCUUGAGGCAAGCACCAAGCGAGGCCGAAGCAGAAUCGAAAAUGCUUGUACAGCUGCGCGCGUUUGAUGAGAAAUUUGGCAACACCUCUGCACGCAAUUAA